AAGAUGUUUUCAGAUGUAUACAUCAUAUUAUACAUAUGCUUUAUGACAGUGUCUGUGAACAGUCUGUCUGAUAAUUCUUGGAGAAGUGAGUUGGUUAGAGCAACAAAUGGAGACAAUUUAAUUCGGAAUGUUUUGGAGAAGCUUUUUAUGGAAAAAACUAAAGGAAUAGAACUGGAGAAAAUGAUGACUAAAAUGAAUUCUAUUGUCGGCGAAAUGAAGUCCACGAUUGCCUCGCUUAAAACAGAAAUGGAAACACGCAAAAGAUUUAGAUGUGAAUCUGGUGUUUUUGGACAACACGAUUACCCAUCUCAGGUUACCUGGCCACAUGAAAAAAACAUCGUGUUCAAGACAGCAUUUCAAGAAAUCCCAACCUUGACAUAUGGACUUUAUUUACUAGAUUCCAGUAUGAGUACUAAUUUGCGUGUGCGCACUGAUACACGAAAAGUUACCCGGGUAGGAUUUCAGUUAAGUCUAAAACCUUGGGGCAAUACCAUAUUGUAUGGAGCUAAAAUCAGUUGGAUGGCCUGUGGACGAUAAAAUCUUGUAACGCUAUCAUGGUCGAUCAAUGAACAUGUACAGCAUAUGUCAUUCUGAAAAAAAAAAUGUUCAAUAAAGAAAUAUAUAUAAAGAAAUUAA